AUGCCUGGUACUGCCAGUGCUGCAGUACCUCCAGCUGCAGCAGCAGCAGCAGACACAAAAAUAAAGGAGAGAAAAAGGGAGCAGCGGGGAGAGGGGAAGAAGGAGAAACAGCAGCAGCAGCAGCGGCAGCAACAACUCGGGCAGCUGCAACAACUGAGUGAGGCUUUAUCUGCUUCUCCCAUAGAAGCAGUACUAACAUCCGCAGCGGCUGCAGCAGCACCCCCAAUAGCAGCAGCAACAGCAGCAGCAGCAACAGCAGCAGCAGCAGCAGCAGCAGCAAUGGAAUCUUUAGAGGAAAUAUUAUUAGAUUACACAAAAGGGUUGUCUGCUCUUGAGGGAAAUCUGCAGCAGCUAAGAGGUGCUGUAUUAGGGGAGCUGCUUGGUGUUGAGGUCUCAUACCUUAAGACUCAGGGUCUAAACCCUCAGGGGCAUCCCGUUACGAAGGACCUCGCACGAGUACAGCUGUAUAUGCACAAAGUAUCUCGGGAGAAGAGGACACAAACCCUCGAUGUAGAUGCUGCUAAGCGCUUUAUUGGCUUCCAUACAAAUAAUAAUAAGAGGGGGGCCCCCAAUAAAGAAGAGGGGGCCCCUAAGGGGGGCCCCCAGGGGGCCCCUCAGGGGGCCCCUCAGAGGCCCCAGAAGAAACGCCGUAAAUUGAAGGGGGCCCAGGGGGCCCCCGAAGGGAAGAAUGAUGAUAAAGAGUCCUCGCUGACUGAGCAGGACAGCAGCAGCAGCAGCAGCAGCAGCAGCAGCAGUAAUAGCAGCAGCAGCAGCAAUAAUAAUAAUAAUAUUAACGACAGCAGCAAUAACAGCAGCAGCAGCAAGAAGAAGAAAAAGAAAAAAGGAAAAGGCAAGAAUGUAACAGAACAAGACUAG